AAGAGGAUUUCAGCUUGUUCACCUGUAGUACCUCCCGCUAAACAUUGUUGUUGCACUGCGGUUCCGUGAAAAAACCUGAUCAGACGUCACUCGGCCAAUCGCCUCUCAGGGGCUUUCCAUCAUGGCGUCUAUGCAGAGGCGAUUACAAAAGGAAUUGUUGGCAUUGCAAAGUGAUCCACCUCCUGGAAUGACUCUGAAUGAGAGAAGUGUGCAGAACACAAUCACGGAGUGGUUAAUAGAUAUGGAAGGUGCUCCAGGGACUCUCUAUGAAGGAGAGAAGUUUCGGCUCCUCUUCAAAUUCAGUAGUCGGUAUCCUUUUGAUUCACCUCAGGUAAUGUUCACUGGAGAGAACAUCCCCAUCCAUCCGCACGUCUACAGCAACGGUCACAUCUGUUUAUCUAUUUUAACUGAGGACUGGUCACCAGCCCUGUCUGUGCAGUCUGUUUGUUUAAGCAUUAUUAGCAUGCUGUCAAGCUGCAAAGAAAAGCAACGGCCUCCAGAUAACUCCUUUUAUGUAAAGACAUGUAAUAAGAAUCCAAAGAAAACUAAGUGGUGGUAUCACGAUGAUACAUGCUAGUAUCCUCACAAUUUUGAUAUAUAAACAGACUUUUCCAAGUACAUCAAGUACUUUACGAUACAGUCUUUUGGGUUAAGACUGAACCAGCAGACCCUGGGAUGGUGAUUAAUGUGUGGAUUGGGCGUACACUUCUGCUGACUGGAAAAAGUGCAUAAAAACUGCAGGAAUGUAACCCACCCAGCAGUUCUAUUUUGUUAGAAGCAAGAUGUGGAGCUCUUUUUUUUAUUAAUAUUUUGUUAUGUUUGAUUUACGUUGUAUUGUUUUGCACCGACUGUGCAAUAAUAACUUCAGUGUGAGUUUGGAAUAAAAGGAAAGUCAGUGCAAAUCAGAAACCCAGCUACUGUGAUGGAUCACUCAUCAAAAGCAGAGACCGAUGUCUAUCGUUGCCUUGCUUGGUUAUGCACUGUCAAAAUCGAACAAAUUUUAAAAGCAUAGUUUAUUUUAAAACAGGCCAUUUUUAGUUGAAUAUUGUAGCUGGGUGUGGUGUAUAAUAGGCUACUAUUCUGAUGAAUGUCAUAUUUACGGAUAUGUACAGAUUUAAUGCAGGGUGUUGAUCAUGUGACAUGAUCUUAAAGGUUAUUUGGAAUACACAGAUGCUUUAUGGGUUAGGAUUCAAGCACUGGUUUUAUAGAUAGACCCCCAUUUUGUGUAGUUAAAACGAGAUAGCUUUAAGCAUAAUCACUUUAUCUUUUAUGAGAAGCUCUAUCUAGGUAUAUUAAAAUUGUCUUGUUUGAUUUUAUGAUUUAUCCUACUGUCCUGGGAAAGGUUACUUUUCCAUGCUGUUAACUUUAGAAAUAGUGAAGCCUGUCUUCAUUGUUUGUUAAAACUUUAUUUAAAAAAAUGUUCUUUAUUAAAGUAAUAUAUUUUGAAAAACU